GGAAUACGGGUUUCUCCAGGACUCAAACAGCCGGUAGGGGGUGCUAGCGGACGGUUCUUCCCCAACACGUCACGAGGGAGUCGGUCGGUAGGGGCUCCCGGUGGAUACCGCUGCCUGUCUAAACACCAGAUAACAAGGAGCGACUGCACCUGAAGGUUUCAGUGGUGCUGACUUGAUGGAAUCCAAGCGAGCAACAAAGUGAUGGUCUAGGACUCGCAGUCACAGAGGUGCUUGCGCGUGGAAUGUUGCGCUGGUCGGUGCACCUAGAAGGAGGGCCGCGGAGAGUCAACCAUGCUGCUGUGGCGGUGGGCCACAAGGUUUACUCCUUUGGAGGCUACUGCUCCGGGGAGGACUACGAGACACUCCGUCAGAUUGAUGUGCAUGUCUUCAACACAGUGUCUUUACGCUGGAUGAAACUGCCUCCAGUGAGGACGGGAGGACACGAGCGUGCCCGUGAAGUGCCAUAUAUGCGUUAUGGCCACACAGCUGUGCUGCUGGAUGACAUUAUCUACCUCUGGGGUGGGCGUAAUGACACAGAGGGGGCCUGCAACGUGCUUUAUGCCUUCGAUAUCAACACCCACAGAUGGUUCACACCCAAGAUUUCGGGAACUGUCCCAGGGGCGAGGGAUGGCCAUUCGGCCUGCGUCCUGAUGAAGGCAAUGUAUAUAUUUGGAGGCUAUGAGCAGCUGGCGGACUGCUUCUCCAAUGACAUCCACAAGCUGGACACCAACACCAUGGUUUGGUCAUUAAUAAAUGCAAGAGGCACUCCGGCACGCUGGAGGGACUUCCACUCAGCCACCAUCAUCGGGACAAAGAUGUUUGUGUUUGGAGGGCGAGCCGACCGCUUUGGACCCUUCCACUCAAACAACGAGAUCUACUGCAACAAGAUCAAAGUGUUCGACACAGAGACCAACUGCUGGCUGAGCACACCUUCAACACAGCCGUUGCCAGAGGGACGCAGGAGCCAUUCAGCCUUUUCCUACAAUGGUGAGCUUUAUAUAUUUGGAGGAUACAAUGCCCGUCUUGACCGGCACUUCAACGAUCUCUGGAAGUUCAAUCCAGAAGCUUUUGCCUGGAUGAAGGUAGAACCGAAGGGGAAAGGCCCGUGUCCGCGUAGACGUCAGUGCUGUUGUAUGGUUGGAGAUCGCAUCAUCCUCUUUGGAGGAACCAGUCCCUGUCCAGAGCAAGGAAUGGGUGAUGAAUUUAACCUCAUGGAUCAUUCAGACCUGUAUAUCUUAGACUUCAGCCCUAAUUUGAAGACGUUAUGCAAAAUAGCUGUUAUUCAGUACAGUCUGGAGCAGUCAGGACUCCCACAUGAUAUCAGGUGGGAGCUGGCCGCCAUGACCACCAACAGCAACAUCAGCAGGCCCAUCUUCUCCUCCCACGGCUGACGCUGCUGAACGCAAAGCAGAACCAGAACUCCUCGCUCUGUUUCAGGACACUAGGCUUUUAUCUUUCUAACCAACUGAAACUUCUACGGACUGUUUUUGAGGAGUCUGGAUCUGAAAUUGUUUGAUUCAAGCGAAAACUCCGACCAAAAUUUCCUGAGUGCGACUUCCCCGGAAGGACGUCCAUGAAGGAUAUUUUAACCCUUGAGACACUGAUGAUAUGAGACAGAAACUAUUGACACCUUCUUCUCUUCUUUCUAGCCUCUCUAGAAAUCCAAUCAGCCUAUGAUAAUCAUAGACUUCUAAUCUUAAGCACAGGAAGAGACGACAAGAACUUCAGCCAAAGGUCUUGAGAGCUAACCUCUUUGUUGAGGAUGUCACACUCAACAGAUCUCUGCUAAGGGACAAAAGUGAUCCUUGUGUUCCUGAUACAAAGAGACUGAAACGGUCAUGAGUUUGUAUAUCUUGCAGCUCCUACUUAGUCACAAAACUAUGUAAAACUAUCAUGUCCAUUUGAGGCAAAUUAAGUUAUGUACACAGUAUACGGAGUGGAAGAGGCUAAGUUAUUACUGGGUGUUGAUGCAAGGAGAGAGUGUGUUGGGAUUUUUUGGGGGCGUUAUGCUUGUGAAAGGUUCUGUUCGACUGGCUUUCAAUGCGAAACUUUUUCCCUACUUCAUCAUAACUUGGCUAGCACCCCUCUGCUCUUAAGUGUCUCAAAGGUGAUUUGCAAGACAACUAAAGCAAGCUGCCUGUCUGCCUUGUAAAAUAAUCAUGUCCAUCUACCUCCCUCAAAAGUGUGUGGGUCUUUAAUAAGACUUCCCAUCAGACCCAUUAGAAUCUACAUUUCCCUCGGAAAAAAAGGCCUUUUCACAGGGACGUUUGUAUUUGUUGUAUUCUUCCAAGAAUUGUCAUAAUGUCACAGGAAGAGUGCGACUCAGCCUGCCACCUCACCCUUACCCUGCGGUUUCUUUUUCAGUGCCAAAUGCAGAAGGGAAUCGUGAUGCAAACACAUACUGUGUAUGUGUGGAAGCACGUUGUCCCAUCGGCGAGUAAUCCUAGCCCACCUGCCUGAGUUUGCCUGUUGUUGUGGGGGGGGGAAUCAUCACGAAUAUGCAUAAUGUAGUCGUUCCUCUUUAGACAAUCCGACAGCGUUCAGAGACCCCUCCUCAUGACCUGCUUAUUCAUUGAGAGGUGACAAAACAGGAAUAGUGUGGCCGUAUGUUUGUGUAUGAGCAAAGCUACACCUGAGCAGAUGUUUUGAAUGCAUAAGGGCUGUUAUUAGAUGACACCACGCAGCUUGAAGAGUACCCAGAAUAGCUCAAAUUGGGGGUGUGUGGUUAAGAUUUUAUUGAUACUAAUAACAUUUUAGAACAAACUUAAAAAAGAAACACCAGCUGUCGGUCUUUUUUUUUUUUUUUUUAACCAUUUAUCUCCAUCAAGGACCAGUUUUGGGAUAUUCUGUAGUUUGGAUAUUGACAGCAAAUCCCAUUUAAAAAAAGACCAAAACCUACAGUGUUAAUUCCUCUCAGUAUGCUUUGCCACCAUGUCUGUGCCCAUUUGUUCCUAGUGGCCAGUACCUACAGAUGGUUCAUUAAUUUCCCAAAACAGCUGGACAACUUCAUUUGAACAACUUUUCUCUAACAGGAGGAUAUGGUGCAUAUGGUGGGGAAUUUUUUGCAGUGGCGGUUUUGGUCCACGGGCAGCGAGUCUAUACAGCUGCAGCAUGGCGUAAUUAGGAUCGAUUCAAAUCAGACUAAAGUGGCUAAAUGAGCCGGGUACAGUGUUGUGGCUCUGAAAGACUACAGAGAAGAUGCAUUAGGUUUUGGAUACACUAAAUAUGUUGGGUUUUUUUUCCAGUUAAUUGUUGGUUUCGGCCUUUUUAUGGGAAUUUUUGACAAUAAGAAAAACACAGAACAUCACCAGACUUCUCGUUUGAAUCUUGAUAAUAAGACAUAUGGCAUGACAUAGAAAUGAAUAACUUGGCGAGGAUGAAUAUACAGGCAGAAGAGUUGUAUUUACUGUAUGCUGCCUAAUUAUGUUGAUUGUGAAUAGGAACUGUGUUGCCACAAACUUGUGAGCUGCAUCAAUGCUUUUCAGCCCUGGUCUUUGGGACCAAGUGUGCUCCGGCUGUCCGUCCUACCUGAUUGUUAAACUCCAUCUAGAACUAUAUUUUACCCUGAAUUACUGGUUAGAAUUGAACCCUGCAGGGCUCUGGGUCCCAAACAUCAGGAUUGGACAACACUGACCCACAUCCUAAAUGUUUACAAAUCUGUGUAUUACAUGUGAAGCAGUGUAAAACAAUCUUAAAUGCAGGUUAGAGUCACCAGAUAACUGCACUAAAGCCAAUCGCGGCAUGUCAGGCCUUACAGGGGGGAGACAUGUCGGUGCUGCUCUUUGCCUAAGUAGAGUUCCAGAUUUUGAGACGAUUGCCUGCCCGAACCAAGUGUGAAUUUUAUUUACAGACCGGUGGUGCCAAUGUGACACAGUCUUUGUGCCGUCUAACACUACACACACACACACACACACACACACACACACACACACACACACACGGACAUAUCACACACUGGAUAUCUCCCCAGUACCCAAGUAACUUGGACUAAGCAACAGCUGGUGCAGUGAAACCACAGGGACGCUGAAAAACAAAACCUACUGGUGAACAAAUCAAACUGACACCAAAUGGCCAUCAGCAAACUGAUGAUAUUUGUUUUCUCUCUCUCUCUUUUUUUUCUAAUGUGUGGUGUGGAAGUCGUUUUUGUUUCAGGAUUUUGGUCCUUCUCUUGUUGCGUGUGAAGAUUAUGGGUGAUGGUAUUUUCAGUCAAGAACUUUUCAGGUAUAUGAAGUAAAUAUUGAGCAAAUGACAAUGUAGACACUAUGGUCAGAAAAUAAAAUACCACAUCUGCACAACAGAUUUCCUCAGUGAUGGUCACUCACUUGCUUCCAACUAGUGACAAGUUGUCGUGAUUUAGCCCACAUGUAUUAGCAUUACAUUUUUAAUGGCAGCGAUGAUGCGCCUCUACUAUUUGCCAUUUAACUUAGUGGAUCUUUACCAAAAGCAUUUGCCAACCUCGAAAGAAACUGCUUCUGUGAAGAAAAGCGCAUCAUUAGAUUGUAGCACGCACUCAUUAUGAAGUUAUUCAGGGUGAGCAGGAAUUAUUUGCCAAGCUGAAGUACGUGACCAGACUGAUUUCAUGCCAAGAAGUGUUGUCUGUCUUUAGGGCUUAAAGUAGAUGGGUGAAUAAUAAAUAAACAACAAACAAUGCUUGGAAAAGAAUCAGAACAAAUUACUGAGUGUGUUUUUGAAUCAUUACGCAACUGUGCCGACUCCCUAUGCUCACUGUUUUUCUUUUUCUUUUAUAUUUUACACAUUUUUCAGAGGGACUCUGUAUCUGUUGAGGUUGGUCAGGACUUCCUGUGCAAUAUGCUUUAUAACUGUAUCAAUAAUAAAUCUGAGAAAAUUUGA